AUGGAUGAUGUCUCUCCUCCUGGGCGUUCGGUUGACAUUGAACUCGGAGGGCAAGAAGUUAUCACCAUUGAGCUGGACAACUUGGACCCCAACCCCGACGACGUCCUCGACCUUCUAAAAGAUGGACAAUGUACUGUUUACGUUUGGACAAAACUUGCAGGCGAAUAUUGGCGACGAGGCUAUCUGGAAGCGGCGGAAAGGAUAGCUACAACCGCCAUAGAAUGGUCUCUGCCUCCAAUAUAUGCCCUACUUGCCAACCUCCAAAUCGCAUACGCCCGUAAAGCGCCUAAACUCAUACUUGAGGAAGCUCAACAGGAUAUAAUGACAUCCGAGAAGCCGAAAGACGACUACUAUAGAGAAGCUGCUUUAUAUUUGAAUACUGGAGAGAAGGUUGGAUCUGAGUCUGGUGAGGGAGUGAGCGGAACGUUAGCUUUCCUGACUCGAGGCAUUCAGCAACUAGCGACACGGUCUAUGGAUGAUGCUAUGCGAUCCUUUGAAGGGGUAUUGGCCGAAAAGCCUACGAAUCUUGUCGCAUUGCUUGGAAAGGCCAGAAUACUUUACGCGCGUCGCAAUUAUAAGGAAGCUCUUCGACUGUUCCAGGACGUGCUACGAUAUAAUCCCACAUGCAUACCAGACCCUCGGAUUGGUAUAGGGCUUUGUUUCUGGGCAAUGGAUCAAAAGUCUCAUGCAAAAGCAGCAUGGGAAAGAAGUUUGGAGUUGAAUCCUUCUGAAGGGGCAGCACAACUUCUUCUUGGUAUAGAGUCGAUCAACGCCAGCAAGAAUCCUAAAUUACCAGAAUCCCAAAAGGCCAAAUCAUUCGUGGCCGGCACAAAACUGAUUGAAAAGUCUUUCCAGUCUAACAACCGAAGUGCAGCCGCGGCAAAUGCCCUCUGCGAACUAUUUCUACGGAAGGGGAACUUGCCUCGAGCUCUAAAACUUGCGGAACGGACGAUUCAGUUUGCAGACACUUUGACAAUUCUCACUGAAGGCUAUCUGCGUGCUGGACGCGUUUCACACGCCAGUGGUUCGCUAUCCCGAGCCACCAAAUUUUACAAUGCUGCUAUCGAAGGGCAACCUAAUCAUAUAAUUGGUGCCAUUGGCAUGGCACAGAUGCAAAUACUCAAUGAUGAAAUGGCGGCAGCUAUUCACACGCUCGACACCCUGAUUCAACCUCCUAACCCCCAACGAUCCCUCGAAGCAACAGUCAUGCUUGCAUCCCUUAGAGCAUAUCCCCGCCCUGGUGUCUCAAGUGCCGAUUUGGCUCAGGAAAAAACCCGUGCUAGAGAACUUUUUGAUCGUGUUAGCAAGACAUUGGAACUUGAAGACGCCGGUGCCAACGGAGCUCUUCUCAGCAAAACGUCUCGUGGAAUUGCCGAAGAUAUCGAAAUGCACGCCGAGAUUGCUCGUUUGUGGCAAGAUGAGAAUUUAGAUCGCAUGGGCAAGGCGUUGAAGGAGGCACUGAGAAUCAGUCAAUCUUCUGAAGACAUCGAUCCACGAUUGGUCAACAAUAUUGGUGUUCUUCACCAUCUGGAAGGACAACUCGUGGAAGCUCAGAGGAUGUACGAGAAUGCCCUUACAACUGCAGCUUCCAUGAACUCAGAUGCUGCAGAAGGGUUGUCGACAACAGUCCUGUAUAACCUUGCUCGCGUCUAUGAAGACUCGGGACAAGAUAAACUGGCCACUGAUGCCUACGAAAAACUUCUCUCACGACACCCCGAGUAUAUCGACGCAAAAAUUCGACAAGCGCAAAUGCUUACUAAUAUCAACCGAGUUAACGAUGCUCACGAACUGAUAAAGCAAGCUCUUGUGUCGCAAAGCAACAACCUCAAUUUACGCGCCUAUUACACAUAUUUCCUAAUUCAUAGCAACUCCCUCAAAACCGCUAAGGAUUUUAUUUUCAGUACUCUCCGAGAUCAAGACAAGCACGAUGUUUAUUCCUUCUGCGCGGUUGCUUGGAUUCAUUACAAUCAAGCUCGAGAGAACCGUGACACGACGACAAAAGGAAUUGAGGAGCGGAAGAAAAACUUCCAGCGUUCUGCCGAAUUUUACGAAAAGGCAUUGCAGUAUGAUCCUACUUGUGCUUUUGCUGCACAAGGUCUUGCGAUCAUUACUGCUGAAGAUGCCCUCGGCUCCAUGGGCGGUGCUUUGGCUCGUGUAUCGGCAUAUGACGAAGCUCAACAACGAUUGCAGAACGCCCGAGAAGCGUUAGAUGUUUUUGCUAAAGUCAGAGAGUCAAUCAACGACGGCAGUGUUUACUUGAACAUCGGACAUUGUUACUAUGCCAGAGAUGAGUUCGAUCGUGCUAUUGAAAGUUAUGAAACUGCUUCCACAAGAUUUUACAACGGGCAGAAUGUGCCUACUUUGCUCUGCUUAUGCCGGUCAUGGUAUGCUAAAGCCAUGAAAGACCAAUCAUAUGUCGCCAUGAAGACUGCUCUGAAAUAUGCAGAAGCUGCUCUACACAUACACCCCAACGACAAGGCCAACGUCUAUAACGUCGCCAUGAUCCAGCAGAAAUCGGCGGAAUUACUCUUCUCCAUCAACGUGGCCAAGCGCACUCUUAAAGACCUGCAGAAAGCCAUUGACUCAGCUACACAUGCUCAAAAAAUUUUUGCAUCGUUAGCUGCUGAUAAAUCAGCCGCAGUUCCUUACGACCGUGACAUUGCUGACAAUCGACGGAAGUACGGUGAUGGUAUGUUAAGGAAGGCAGAGGAACAUCUUAAAAAUCAGCGGCAACACGAGAUGGAGACUCGGUCUAAAAUUGAAGCUGCAAGGCAGAGACGUCAGGAAGAAAAGGAGCGUCAAGAUGCGUUGGAGCGUGAAAGAGCCGAGAAACUGCGCAUUGAAGCCGAGAAACUUGCUGAGGAACGACGGCUGGCUCGUGAACAGGCACUUGAGUGGACUAGGGAAGUUCGCAUGGAGAGUGACGAAGAGCGCGAGCGAAAGGUGACCAAGAAGAAGAAGCCCAAAGCGGAAAUCAUCAGUGGCGAUGAAGCUGAGCCCAAGGCACCAAAGAAACGACGUGGCAAGCUAAAGAAGGCCUCCAGUGAUCACGAUCACGAAGGUGACGUCGACCAGACAAUGUUCAGCGAAGAUGAAGACAUAGAGAAGCCUGCUAAAAAGCGGAUCGCCAAGAAACGUGUCGUUCGCGACGAGGACGAGGAGGACGACGCGUCACGGCCUAAGAAGCAAUUUAAAAGUAAAGCUAUGAUAUCCGACUCAGAUGACGAAAUGUCAUGA